ACUCGCCAACCAACUUUGACUUGUCGUACUACCUCUUGCUAACUCCUAGCAAACCUGAGCUAAAUAUAAAUCGAACCUGCAGCCUAGCCUUCUCUCCCCUCUCUCUGUUUUGCUCAAAGCUCGCAAAUUGUAUCUGCGGUCAUGGAUCCAGUUAGCAUUGCAGCUGUAGGAUGGAGUGUGACCAUGGUUGGUUGGCUCGCCUCAGCCACCAUCUCUAGGCUCCUCAACAAAUGCUUUGAUUAUAUCGACCAUGACACCAAAAAGAAGCUGGCACAACUUCAAUCCAAAAUUUUGGUGCUGGAGCGGGUGAUGGAAGUUGUUGACACGAGCCCAUACAGACCUCGUCUAGAGCAGCUGUUCAAGGAGCUCAAAACUGCUUAUUAUGAUGCUGAAGAAAUCUUGGAUGCUGUCGAGUAUCACUGUCUUGAGAGACAGGUCAAAGACAGCAAACUGCAGCCGGGCGGUAGUGCACCUCCAGCAAAGAAAGACCGUAUGAAGAAAAUAAGUUUUGCCAUGGCCAAAUUCUCCCCCUUAAAAAAUAAGGAGAGUGGUAUGCCAAAUAAGAUGUUGAUAAAGAGCCUAAAGAAGGUAGGAGAAGUUAUAAAUGAGGCACACGAAAUUCUGGAUGAGCUUAACUUGUCAAGCAUAAGUAAUGACAAUAGAAGGCGGGAAAUGGUUACCAAUGCUCCUACUACAGCAGUUUCUGCGCAGAAGGUAUUUGGUCGAGGUAAUGACCGCGACAAGAUCAUAGCAAUGCUUCAUGAAAAGGAAGGUGAUGAUCCAAGCACCAGCAAUGAUGUGUGCUUUUCUGUAAUUGGCAUACAUGGAGUCAGCGGGUCUGGGAAAUCUACCCUUGCACAGUUUGUUUGUGCCCGUGAGGAAAACAACAAGGAAGGCCAUUUUGAUCUUGUUAUGUGGGUGCAUGUUUCUCAGAAUUUUAGUGUGAGCGACAUUUUCAAGGAGUUGUAUGAGGCAGCUUCACAGCCCAAGGGUUCUUCAGAGCCGAACAUUCCAUGCCCUAUAUUUCAUAACCUGAAUACCCUAGAGAAACAAUUGGGGAUGAAACUAGAUGGAAAAAGAUUCCUUUUGGUACUAGAUGAUGUUUGGUCCAGUGAGGACUGCGGUGGUCAGAAUCUGCCAGGGUUACUUACUCCAUUAAAGGUUGGAAAGAGAGGAAGCAAGAUUUUAGUGACAACUCGAAGUAAACAUGCACUAACGGAUCUAUGUGUUGGUGUGAGAUAUACUGCCAUGUCAAUAACUGAGGUUGAUGAGACCGCCUUCUUUGAGCUGUUCAUGCAUUAUGCCCUCGAAUAUGGCCAAGACCGGAGCCUGUUCAAGACCAUUGGUGAGGAGAUUGCAGAGAAGCUGAAGGGGUCACCUCUAGCAGCUAGAACAGUGGGAGGAAAUUUACGUCAACAACAAGAUGUCGACCAUUGGAGAAGAGUCAGAGAUCAAGACCUUUUCAAGGUACGGACGGGACCUCUGUGGUGGAGCUACUAUCAACUUGGUGAGCAGGCUAGGCGUUGUUUUGCUUACUGCAGUAUCUUCCCUAGGAGACAUCGCUUGUACCGUGAUGACUUAGUUAGACUGUGGAUGGCAGAAGGGUUCAUAAGAAGCACAGAUGAAGGGGUGGAUAUUGAAGAUGUUGGUCUGGAAAUCUUUAAUCAACUAUUGUCGAUCUCGUUUCUUCAACCAGGUGGCAUGGAACGGGACAGGGUCUGGAACUUCCCUAGUAUCAGGGAAAAGGAAUACUAUUUAAUUCAUGAUCUGCUGCAUGAUUUAGCAGAGGCAGUAUCUGGAAGUGACUGCUUCAGAAUUGACAAUAACACGAGUCAGAAUGGAAAAGGCUGGAAAGGAGAUGUUCCCCGAGACGUUCGCCAUCUUUUUGUUCAGAGCUAUGAUGCAGCAUUGAUUACUGAGAAGAUUCAUGAAUUGGGAAAAUUACACACUCUCAUCAUUUAUAGUGUGGGAGAGGAUACACCAGUUGAGGAAACAGUGAUUAAGAAAAUAAUCAAGAGCCUGCCGAAACUGCGGGUACUAGCAAUUGCUAAUUCGAGUCAGCAAAAGGACGCAUUUAUUCGCAAACCAGAUACAUUCUCUGUCCCAGAAUCUGUUGGUCUAUUGAAGCAUCUGCGCUAUCUUGCUUUCCGGACAGAUAGAAAAUGCAGAGUAGUUUUACCAAGCAGUCUAAACCAGCUUUACCAGAUGCAACUGCUAGAUUUUGGUCUUUGCGGAGAUUUGGUAUUUUCCUGUGGUGACCUAAUGAACUUGCGGCAUGUAUUCUGCGUUUCAGGAUCAAGAAUCUCGAACAUCAGCAGGCUAGUAUCACUGCAAACGUUACCAGGGUUCAGAGUAAGCAAUGAACAAGGACAUGAGGCAAUCCAGUUGACGUAUCUAAACAGGCUCAGCGGAGAACUGUAUAUCUCUGGUCUCGAAAUGGUUAAAAGUAGAGAGGAAGCUCUUGAAUUCGAUCUAGCUGCCAAGAAACGGCUCACACAUCUAACACUGUCAUUCGAUGGAAGUUCAGAAGUUGCAGCAGAGGUACUUGAUGGCCUUUGUCCUCCCGUGGGGCUUGAAGAACUGUCAAUCAACUGCUACGAAGGUUCUGUGUACCCAAACUGGAUGGUGGGUAGGCAAAAUGAUGGACCAGAGAAGCUGCAAAAACUUUGUCUCUGGAGAUGGAGCCAGCUAGGACCUGCUCCUUCACUGAAGGCUUUCAUUCAUCUCCGUGAGCUCCAUCUGUGGUACUGCAGUUGGAACGCCUUUCCAGGCAAUAUGGAGCACCUCAGCUCGCUCAAGGAACUACACAUCUCUACAUGUUUGAAUCUUCGGUCGGUUCCAACGCUCCCACGGUCUCUUGAGUUGUUUUUGGUCUCUCACUGCAACGAUGGGUUUAUGGAGUCUUGUCAAACAGAUGGACACCCGAACUGGCAAAAGCUUCAACCCAUCCAUCAGAAAUAUUUUAGGGUUUGUGUUGACGAGGACAAACCGCCGUCAAGAGCAUUUAAUUGUUGGACGUGAUUACUGAUUAGGGACCAUCCGUUGGCUGGCAUGCACCCAAAAGAGUAAGGCCAUGUUUGUUUCAUAAGAGCAUGGUUAAUAGUAUAGCCAACUGCUGGCUAUAAGCAGUCUUAUAGUCCAUCUUGUAGCUAGCUUAUACAACAGUUAGCUAUAGAAGAGUACUACUUUUAUCAUAUAUGGCCCACCUUUCAUUCU